AUGGCCAAAAGACGAAAACUGUCGAACAAGAAUGCGCCUGCGCAUCCAAAGAAGAAUGCUCAAAAGAGCAGACCAGAACAGAAGAAGCCCGCCAAUGGCCCCGCGAAGAAGGGUAAAGGCAAGAACCAGCAACCAGCCGAUGAUACACCCACAAUACCCUUUGAACCUCACCAUCGUAUACUCCUGAUAGGUGAAGGUGAUUUGAGUUUUGCAGCAUCUGUAAUUCGACAUCACGGCUGCGCAAACGUCACUGCGACUGUCCUGGAGAAGGAUGCCAAUGAGCUGCUGGCCAAGUACCCCCACGUUGAAGACAACAUUGCUGUGGUUCGCGGCGAUGCUGCCAAGCCCAACAAUGCCGACAAGGGAAACGAAGAAACAUCGUCUAAAGAAACAGAAGCCGGCGAAAGCAGUGGAGACGACCAGGACGAGAACAAAGACUCCAAUGGUGAAAGCGACAAUGAGGAAGAAGACUACUACGACUCGGAUGACCCAGACGCACCGCCCAGACCUAAGCGAAACCUCCCUCCCAACAACAAACUUCUCUAUAAUAUCGAUGCCACAAAGCUUCCAAACUCCAUUAUCCGUACGCGCUUCGACCGAAUCAUCUUCAACUUCCCCCAUGUUGGGGGCAAGUCCACAGAUGUAAACCGCCAAGUCCGUCACAACCAAUCCCUUCUCGUCUCAUUCUUUGAGCGCGCUAUUCCCGCGCUGGCCCCCGGUGCUGCAAUCGUCAUCACACUAUUCGAGGGCGAGCCUUACACCCUCUGGAACGUGCGCGAUCUGGCUCGCCAUGCUGGUCUGCAAGUUGAACGCAGUUUCCGCUUCCAAGCUCGUGCAUACCCUGGAUACAAGCAUGCCCGAACGCUUGGUGUCGUGAGAAAUGCAAAGGGCGAGGUGAGCGAGAGUGGAUGGAAAGGCGAGGAGAGGGCGUCGAGGAGUUUUGUGUUUAAGAGGAAAGAGGAUAUUGUCCCAGUGGUGGGCAAGAAGAGACGGAAGGACGAUGAUUCAUCUGACGAUGAGGACUGA